UGUCUGUCAGUGGAUCGACAUCUGGACCGCACUUAAGCUCCGCUCAAGUGUUAACAACCCUGGACGAGGACCAAUGAGACCAAACAGCUUCUUAAGAACAUGUGAAAUGCAAAAAUGUGAUGUUGGCUUGUUGCUCCGCUGGGUAGGAGAGAGACCGAUGCCGCUACGCAGAUGAUAGACUUCAUGACGGCGCUCCCGGUGUUCCUCGUCCAGCCCUCAUGCCCCAGAGACCAGCGAGCGAAAAGCGUCCAGUUCCUGCUGACCUGUAACCAGUGCCGAGAGAGCCACAAAACUCAGGUCUGGCUUUGUUUCUUAGUUCUGAGCUUCUUGAGUACAUCUGCGUGUGCUGCCUACGUGCCCAGUACACCACAUGUUCAGAAAUGCUUGGAGAGGCUGACACCCUCCAUUGAGAAAUCUGACGCUAUGCUGUAUGCUCCGUCAGCUAAUGACGUUGAAGAGAAAUGUAAAAUCAUGUCGCUCAGAUGUUACAUGUUGGAGUUGAUGAUGGUCAUCAAUGAAGAAGAAGUUAUGCGUGACGUAAACUGCAUAUUUGAUUUCAACGACACACUGGGUCAAACAGCCAAACCUGUUGGCUGCCUACCAUGUGAAGCAUACUCCCUUAAAAAUAUUACAGUAUUCCUGGACAGACUAAAUAACCUUUUGGAAGAAAUGACCACACGGUUGAAUACUCGAAAAACGUAACAUGAUGUAUAUACUGUAAGCUACAAAUGUGUAUUUGUAUAUAUCUGUAAAGUACUGUGGCUCUUUUUAUUUUUGUCAGUAUUACACUGUAACUAUGUCGACAUGCGACACUCCAUGCCGUCCUGUAUUUUAAAACAGUUUAAAUCUAUAGGAUGACAGCACUGCAUCUCCGGCAGUUGACUGUUAUUAUCUGUACAGAUGAAAUCUCUGUGACUGUGCAUCAUAAUCUGCCUUCCUGUUGUACAGUUUUGAGAGAAGUAUCAGGAAGCAGCUUGUACUGUAUAUACAGAAUGUAUUAUAUUAUUAACCCUAUGGGCCCGAAUGACGCAAAGUGCGUCCAAAUUCAUGCCAGUUCUCUACCAUGCGUCGUAGCGAGAAGCUUGUCGGUAGUCCAAUGUUUUUACAAGGAAAAACAAUGAUAAAGUUACACUAAAAUUAUGUAUAACAAAGCUUUCAUACAGCUUUGCACACACAUUACUCUUGGA